CUGACUCAUGUGAACUUAGCGAAGCGGAGGUUUAUUUGAAAACAGGAAGGUUACAGCGGAUAUAACAGACCGGAAAAUAGAAUCGAGUCUACAAUGGACUCUAAUGUUAAUGUACCACUUUAAAUCUCUGGUUUAUAGCGAGUAAACUUAUUUUCACACAAGCCAUCAAGUGUCAUCUCGAAAACCUCUGAAGCGUGAUUUUUGCGUUGACAGUCCAACAUGGCGGAGGUAGCCACACAAGUCUCUGUUCCUAUUCUCGAUAUGAAUUUGUACAUGAAUAACAUCAAGACAGAGUAUCAGGGAAAAGUUGGGCCAUCAUUGACACAGAUUUCUGGAAGUAAUUUCGAGGAGAACAAAGAAAAUGAAGGCCAUGUUGAGCACAUGGUGCAGAAUCAAAUGACAUCUGCGUAUCCUUAUGCAGCACAGACAGGCAUAGAUGAAUAUGGCCACCCCCAACAAGUCGUAGUUACUAGUCAGCCAGUUUCUGUGGCACCCUCAGCAGAACAGGCUGCCACAUUCAAAGCCGACUCAGCCACCUACCCCACCACCACAGUCGCUGCCAAUGGGGGUGUCGAACAGCAGACGGUAAGACCUGGAAGUCUCAGUGGAAUUCCAAGAGCAUACCCUUAUGAAGAAAUGCUGGCAGGGAUCAACAAGCAGACAGAUUUGGAGGCCGAGCAGUCUUCAGCUCAACCUGGAACAACGACUACUCCCAACUCUGUGGGACCAAAACGUCUUCAUGUGUCAAAUAUCCCCUUCCGAUUCCGGGAGGCAGAUCUAAAAAGCUUACUAGGGCAAUUUGGGAAAAUCAUUGAUGUGGAGAUCAUUUUUAACGAGCGUGGAUCCAAGGGAUUCGGUUUUGUAACUUUCGAAACUAAUGCGGACGCCGACAGAGCACGAGAGAAAUUGAACGGCACUGUGGUUGAGGGCAGAAAGAUUGAGGUUAACAAUGCCACUGCUCGAGUUAUGACAAAAAAACCUGUGGCUGCACCCACUAUCCCAAAUGCGGCAGCUCUAAGAGGUGUGGCACUUACACGGGGCAGGGCCGCAGCAGUGGCUGCUCGCGGUGCUUAUAAUGCCGCCGCACUAGCAGCCACCGCAGCUUUCCGACAUACAGCACCACUGGCAACUGCAGCAACUGCGUUGCCUUUAGCUGGUGUGUAUCAGGAUCCUUUUCUUGCCACAUAUGCUGCAGCUGAUAGAUACCAGUUGGUGACAAGCCAGCCCUAUCCAGGAGCGGCUUAUGCUCCAGGUGCACGUUACGCAAUCCCAGCAGCUGUGGCAUCCCCAGGUACUUAUGUGGCAGCAGCUGCCGCAGGACAGUUACAGCUAGCAGGACGAGAGUACACAACAGCAGCUACUGACCCAUUAAUUGGUCACAGUAUCGGACCUGUAGCAGGAUAUGGGGCAACAUUGUACAGAGGUGCUUACCAGCGGUUUACACCCUACUGAGAUAUAAAUACAUUGACUCAGUCAGCAAGUGACAGGGCGCUAUAUGAAUAUCAUGUGACCAAUUAUUCUUCACCUUCCUAGAUUCUCUGGCUGUGCUGGACACAUUCUUAUCCAAUAAAAAUGGAUUACAGGAAAAAGAGACGGGAGAGAGGAUUGUGCAAUUAUAUCAUCAGUGCUGCGAUUGGUGCUCUUCUGAUGUGAUAACUGAUUCUUAGCACUGGUCCUGUCAUGAUACUGCCAUAACGUCAAUAUUCCAGCUUGUUUCAUGUAAAAGCUUCCAAUCAAUGGCAAGAUGCAAAAAUUUUAAAAUUUCAUAAAUCUCAUUCAAUCAUCUAUUUAUUUCAAGUCAUCCCUGCACAUUAUGAUUAUUUUCUUUGGUCCAAUAAUCAAAAUGAAAGAAAAAUUUUCUGUUUUAUAACUUCAUAUUUUUUCAAAUACCAUCAGUUGCUUGGAAGUUUUUUUUUUCUCUCAUAGAAUAUGUUCAUGAAUGCCAUGCCACAGAAUCUUAGGAAAGGUAGUCUGUUAAAAUACUCAAUCUGGUCAGCUUUAUAUUGAACAAACAUCUAGUCAGAUUCACUUUUUACCUCACGGCAAAAGGUUAUAUACACAUGGAUGUCAAGUCGUUGUGUCACUGUAAGAACAUUGAACUGUCUGUCACAGCACUGUGAUUCAAGUUUUCAGUAUUAAUUGUAUAUUAUUGAAAAUAGAGUUUUAAGUAAUAACUUUUUUUUAAAAGUCAACAUUAACCCUCUCUGUAUUUUUUUUUGUUUGAAAAUAUUAAGCAGCAUUCAACUUUUUUUUUUCAUCAGAUCUUGACAAUUGUUUUAGCUGAAAAUUUUGAAAUCGGAAAAAUUGUAAAACUUCAUUGGAUUUGGCUCUAUCACUCUCUUUUUGGAAAUUUGGAUUUUAUUGAAAAAAUUUAACAGGCGCUAAAGGCAGUAAUAUAUUCAUAAAUAAUUGAAGGUCUGUGACGCCACAAGAUUCGCUGUUUCCCAUUGGUGCAGCAAGGUGCUUCUUUUACUAAUUGUUCGUGCAAUGUUAUGUAUCUUUAUCUUUUAUUAAUAUAUUAUGAUGAUAUUGGACAGUGCAUACUGUUGACAUUUUUUCAACACAUGAAGCAUAGCAUUUGAUAUGAGGGUCUGAUGUUUUGUGAAGAGGAGGGAUUUUUUUGUGAACAGGAGGGAUUUUUUUUUCUGUUGUAUUUGGGAGUGGUAGCUGUUCAACAAAAGGAGAUGAUGCGACUCAUUGUUUUUUCAUUUUUCAAAUUCAGUUUACACUAUUUAAUGUACUUCCAGUAUGCUUCUUCAUAGAGCAUGGUUGAUUGGUGCUAAGGAAGCAUGAAUGAAGCGUACAAGUGUGUGUGUGUGACUUAGGAUCAAAAUGAUCUAUGGGUGAAUGUUGUCAAGUAAUGGAUGUGAUUUACCACUGCAAGCUAGUCUCUUAACAUUUAUUCAUGUGUUACUUUUCAUAAUAUACUGUUCAGAUUGUUUUAUUGCAAUGUUACAGAAUACUUGCCAAAAUGAUCUUGCCCUUAUGUCUGUUGCAGGUAGAAAAAUUUGAUUUUUUAAAACAAAAAUAUUUUAUUGUCGUAAGAAUCUCUUUGUGAGACCGAGAUAUUGAAUUCUGCCAUGUUUUGUUCUUUUUAAUUCUUCUGGGCCCAUCUCCCCUGUCUUUAGUCUAUUUCAGUAGUAGAAGCAGAUCUGUAAAUUUUUUUUCUCAUAACAGAUUUGAAUUAUGCCAAAUGAUAUUUACUGUAUUUUUUUGACACAAAAUUAGCUGAAUUUGUUUUCCACGCAAGAAUUAUAAUUUUAAGUAAUCAACUUAUAGAAUUUUUAAUGAAUUUGAACUGAUCUGUCAAAAUACCUCCCAUUGAAAAUUGAAUCUCAGAUGUUUCGUGUUUUAUGAAAUCAUUUGAUGUCGUGCAUCAUUUUCUGAGAUACGGUAUCUUUGUUUCUCAGCCCGGGCAUAAUGAAGUCAAGAUUUUUUUUUCUUCUGUUAAAAAAUAACAUAUUUUGUUACAAAUUUGUUUACAUAUGUUGUAGUAAUUUCUUGAUUCUACGCAUUCUUUUGUACGUGAAGGAAGAUUUACACUGUCAUGUACAAAAUUGAUAAUCAAAACACAUGAAAAUCAACAUUUGUCAAAACUGUGGAAAAAAAUUGUUAUUAUGUGGACUGUUGAUCAUUUUUUUAAAAUAACAGCAACUCCAAGGUGCAAUAAAUCUUUAUGAAUAAUAAUGAAUAAA